AUGGACACAAUCACGUUUCCAUCGGACCAUAGCAACACGCAAGGACCGAAACGCAAAAGAACGAACGAUGAGUCCUCACUGUCACGCAGAACCUCCGGUUGGCCUUUGUGCCCUUCGCGGCAGCCUCUUGAUGUAGAUCGGGCCCAGACCAUGGUCCAGAUGACUUUGCAGCCCGUCUCCUUGGCCUUCAACUCCAGAACAGCGACUAUGGCCGAGUCAGCACCUGCCGAGAUUAUGGCGCAUGCGUCAUCAUCUUACACAAGUGACGCACAACAUGUUCCAUGGCAUCCGGAUAGUACUAGUAGUACUAGUACGGCUCAUCUUCAUCAUAUUAUCACGCAACAAGGCCAGCAGAGUCAUCAACCCCUUGCAGCAGACGGCGUCACCGGAAACGCACCAAACCCCUUGUCGAUCUCUUACCAGCAGCUGCAUCAACCGUACGAAGCCUCGGAACUUGAUGCCGGGCCUUCUUUCGCCGUCAUUGAUCCACCUUUGAGUUUAAAUGGUUACUUCUAUGGCCUUACUGCUGACCUACAUGCCGGGCUGGAUUGGAACAACGCAAGCCCCCUGCAUCAUGACGGACGGGAACCGCUUGGAACCGAUGCAGUUUGCGAGAGCACGGAGACUUUUUGUGAAAUACUUUCACAGUUGAAUCAGCAUCCUGCUGCUGGGGAGUCAGCCUCUCAACUUCCUUCUGGUCUGAUCUACUCUGAUGGUCUUAUACCUUUGCGAUCAACGUCGGCAACUCUUGCACCGGUCGCACUUGGACCAACGUCAGAACUUCAUCCGUCUAGACAUACUGACUCAUAUGCUCCCUCUCAGUUCUCUUUCGGCCGUCAACGCAGGACGUCUACGUCAAGCAACGCACUAGAUACGCAAACCGAUCCGAAUGCUCGGUCUGGGACCACUUCGGUUUCGGCGGUUCAGGAUAUCGGAAUUGGAAGCCGGAGCAGUGUUCCGUCAUAUGAGACUUUCAUGGGUGGGGGAGCGCAAUAUCCCUGUCCACAGCUCACCAACUUCACUUCCAAUUUCAACUCUACCCUCUCGGCUCAGCCACAUAUCCCAGAUCAAAGUUCCACCCCCGCCCAGCCUCGGUCUACGCAAGGAACGGCACUACGAAGCAAUACUCUGCAGGGGGUCGUAUCACAAACCGGUCCAUCUUCUUCCUCUGGCCCUAUUUCGGCCGCCGGAGAGUCAUCAUACGACCAUAUAAGCGGGGUUCAAAGCAUUCAGUCGAUCCAAGCACUGCUUUCUGUUGAGGAAUCUGAAGGUGCAUCUCAAGAAAAGCCCUUGGAACUGCCCCGACCCCGUUCGCAGCAGCCAAUGAAAAAGCGAGGCCCAUUCGAUUCACAAAAGAGGAAAGAGACAGCUGAGACUAGGAAGAGAAGAGCUUGCCUCAGAUGCCGUAUCCAGAAGAUCCGUUGCGAUGCCGAUAGUACAGAAGCAGAAGGCUCUUGCCUGCCAUGCAAAUGCUUCUCGAAGAUAUCUAAAAAGACAAUUCAUCAUGUUUCCUGCUUCCGCAGAAAGCUCACAGAGAUCGUCUUGUUCCGAAAAGGUGGACUUCGUCUUACAGAUCGCUGGCAGGGGACUGAAAUGAAAGACGUUGGCGAUCGAGUCGACACAGAGGUUCGUACGAUCCAAAUCACUCUUGGCAUCUGUUCAGAACCUUUGGAAAUCAAAGUCGUUCGAUUUCGAGCUGGUGCUGGAGAUGUCGUCGCGCGUUUCUGGACAGUCAAGGAGGGCGAACGGGGAGAUGAAGUACGGAAGAAGAAGGACCUAGAACCUUAUUGCUUGGUCGACGUAUGGGCAACGGCGACCCAUUUCGAGAAAUACAUCAUUGACAACGCAGUCCCGACCAUGAUCAGAGUCAACACUCCGCACGAGCUGCUUCAGAAAACGUUUCUUGGGCAAGACGUCAUUCACAAAACGUACAUCAUGGCUGUGCAACAUUAUCUUAGCAUGGAUGACCACAUACAAGGGCCUUCAGGGAAGAUUGCGAACCCGCAAAAGACGCUCCUGGGUAGCCUUUUUGUGCUUUGGCUGGCUGUUCGACACACGACUGGGUCGGCGUAUAUCUGCGGCGAAGAUACUCUGGGGAUGAAGCCCGAGACCAAGGACGAGACGUAUCCGCUCUUUGGCAAGGUUUCCAUGCCGCGCAUUAUCGUUGCUCAAUUCGACAGCAUCAACCAUACAAAGUUGCUGUCCAAGUAUGGACACAGGGUUUUGAGGAGUUUGGAAUCCUUUAUUUUUCGCAACCAGUCCACCUUUUGGUGGACCAUUUACCUUUGUGUAUUUAUCCUUCUGCACGAAGCAAGCUGGCUGAGUGCUGAUCGAUAUCGACACGCAAGGCACAACUUUGGAGGAAGAUAUCGAUACUCCAUACCAAGCUUCGUGGAAGAAUUGCAGGAAGGAUGCAAUAACAUCCUCGUCCACUGGCACUACUACAACUGUCAUCCGUGGCCGAAAGCAGACGCCCCGUGGGAACGACACAAGCACUUCAUGUCUGAGCUCUCGUCAGAGCAACACGACUUGGUCAUGGAAACCAUGACGGACACGAGAAUCCAGAAGCAGCUCAGCGUCUGGAAGAGGUACAGGGAGGAGAAUGGGUUCGUUGCGAGGUCUUCGUUACCCGUUUGCCACAAGCAAGAGACGCCGUACAUGGGCUCUCAGACACAGUUCGACUGGGACCACCCCUGUUACUGGAUCGCGCAAAUGUUUGAAGAGCGGUGGCAGCCUCAUCCGACGUACCAGAGGGAGCAUGUUUACUAG